GGGAACGAGAGAGAGAAAGAGAGAGAGAGAUUUCUUCAGAUGUAGGCUAUUGCUUGUUUUUUUAAAGAGUGCAGCUAGAAAGCUGUCCUGUCCUGGGCAAGGGGAGGGAUAUGGACUGAUAAAAACUGGAAAAGAAGAGGGUAAAUGGAAACAGAUGUUGUCUGUUUGACAGCUCUAUUAGUGUCCUGGAAUAGGUGUUCGGCGCUACAUUUCAUACCUCAGCCUCCGGCAAGAUGGACCUGAACAACACGUCUCCCGUCUCGUGGUUUACCCCCAUAAUCCACCCCAACGGCACGACCUCCACACUCUCGGGCCCCUCGUUGAACCCCGACCAGAGCAUCGUGAGCAGCAUGCCAGUCACAGUGACCGGAGCGCUCAUCCUGGGCCUAGUUUUCCUGCUGGGCGUCCCCGGCAACCUGUUUGUCAUCUGGAGCGUGCUGGCGCGCGCCCGCCGGCGCUCGGUGACCACGCUGCUCAUCCUGCACCUGGCGUGCGCCGACGGUCUGCUGAUGGCCCUCACGGCCUUCUUCGUGGUCUACCUGGUGCGCAGCGACUGGGAGUUUGGAGCCGUGCUCUGCAAGCUGCUCUUCUACCUGUGCUGCGCCAACAUGUACGCAUCCAUCGCACUCAUCACCCUCAUGAGCCUCCACCGGCUGCUGGCCGUCACGAGGCCCCAGAGUGCUGGUGCCAAGGCCAGCCGGGGGACGGUGCUCAAGCUGUUGGUCGGCGUGUGGGUGCUGGUGCUGGCUCUGUCCGUGCCCGUGCUGGUGUACCGGAAGGUGAAGGAGUAUCCCAACUCUGAGGGGGGAGUGAGGCAUGUGUGCGAGCCGUACCACCUGCCGAGGGAUACAGUUCUGCAGUACACCAUGGAGACAGUGCUGGGCUUCGUCCUGCCCUACAGCGCGAUCAUAGCCAGCUACGUGUGCAUCCUGCGGCGGAUACGAAAGACGCGUUUCCGUCGGCGCAUCCGCAGCGAGAAGCUCAUCCUGACCAUUGUAAUCACGUUCGGCAUCUUCUGGUUACCCUACCACGUGAUUAACAUGAUACAGGUGGCAGCAGCCCUGGCUCCAGAAAAAUCCCCUCUCCAAGAAAGACUAAACAAGUUUUGGAAAACCGGCCGGACACUGACGUCCACUCUGGCCUUCAUCAGCAGCAGCGUGAAUCCGCUCCUCUACACCUUCGCCGGCAAGUCGUACAUGCGCCGCGAGGGCCUGGGCUUCAUGGCGCGUCUCUUCGAGGCCACCGGCCGCCUGGAGGCCUCCAGGAAGAGCCGGCAGAACAGCCGCGAGAGUCGCGACAAGGACAAGAAAGCCAAGGAGGCGUUGGAGACCGAGGAUGAUGACGGGGAAGAAGGAACGGAGCUCAGGGAGUCAGAGUCCACCACCAGCGCCCACGCCAACACCCACAAUCGCGUCAGUGGGCAGCAAAGCAACGGGAAAUGAGAGAGACACUCAUGGGCCUGAAGCGCUUUUCUUUACCCCGUCAACUGGGCAUGCUUUGCCUAUUUUCGUUGGGGCAGUCAGUGCAUGGAGUUUAGUGAAAGCUUUAGAAUCUCAAAAGAAUUUGAAUAUUAGGAAUAAUACAAAUUUGAAUACCUAUGACAAGCAAUGAACAUACCUCUUCAGACUUUGUGGCCGUGUGUGUGUGUGUGUGUUGUCGUCAAAUAGUAGAAGUACCAGCACUCUGUCUGUGUGUGUCUGCAUGUGUGCUGUUUGUGCGUACUUUAUGGCUUCAUGAGUUGACCUGGCAUGUGGUCGCUUUAAACCAUUUACGUCAUGUUCUUGGAGUGGACAUUUCCUUUGUUUUGACAAUUGCGGGUGCAAUGUUGCAUGAUGUGGUUUACAUGGUAUUCAUCAAUCUAUGGUUCAGUAUUUGGCCACCGCAAAGAGCCUUCAGCUCACACCAACGUGCAGCAUUCAGGUCAUAGGUCUUAGCAGCUGCUGAUAUAGUGCCAAUCAGGCAGGUCAGGCCCAGAUUUGUUUUUGAGCUACAGUAUGUACAGACUGAUAAAGGUGGUAAGACUUUGUUGAGUUACCACCACUGUCUGAAGCUUCCGCUAACUUGAGUAAGUGAUUGCUCAAGUGCUUCUAUGACUCAAUGUUUGGAGUUUGCCAGGUUGGAUAUUAAGAGUUCCUCUAUCUAUCCCAUAGCUUAUUUGCCCUCUGGUGAAUAUUUCUUUUGAGGCAUUUUGUCUGUAUAUUCUCAUGGGGAAAGAUAUGAGUUCAGCAGUGAGGAGUCAUCUUGGGGAAUUGGAACUGGUAAAGAAUUGUAAAUGAAAACCACAACUGUGCCAUAUAAGACCCACCACUAACUCCCAAAUUAUGCCUGGGCUUUCAGUCAGAGCCUUUCUGUCCACCUUCUAGAUCCUCCAUCAGAUGGUAUUUGGAAUGGUUUUGAAAUUAUAUUAACAUUGUCUUCAGACAUACUAUAUGAUAAAGUAUGUCUGACUAAAGACAUACAUACAUUUUAGGGAACAGACACAUACCGAUGCUUGAUAUUUCAUAUUGCCCAUGUAGCCUGUCUGUGAAAUGCUCAGAGGGUUUACCAUGUUCCUCAGUAGUGUCCUAAAAAUCACAGAAAACUGUGACACCUAAAAUGAACUGACCAUACACUUCCUUUCUUCCCUCCUUCUACCUCCUCUCCCUUCUAUCUCCAUCAACUCCACUUUGUAAAUUCAUCUCCAAUAACGGCACUUUGUAAAGUUAUGUAAAAGACUGAAUAAAGUGUGGUAAGACGCGA